AGCGCGAAAACUUGGCGUGCUUUGCGUAGCAUGUUGCAUUGCUUGUAUUUGGCGCGUUGUUGUGAGUACGACUCUUAUUCGUGAAUGCCUUGGCACCAGGAACUAAUGUAAAAAGUGCGAAGACGAUGACGGACAAUAGAGAAACACUUUCAUAGUCGAUCCCCUGCGGUGGGUUGUGCCAGGUCGCCAAGGAACAACCAACACACACGCGCUGAGCGGCGUUCCCCAUGGAAGUCGUGGCCAGGAAUAUACACCAUUUCUUUCACGUUGUACUCGUCAAGGCUCACGAUGAGCCACUUUGGACUCGAAUCUCGCUAGAGAGGAGCAUCCAGUGGGCCAAGUACUGUGAGAAGGUGCACCACGAAGCCAUCACGAAAGGUUACGCCAGUUACGUGGCGAUGAUGCUGAAGGACAUGAGUAGGGCGACACCCGAUCGCAGAGUGGUGACUUUCGACGAUCUCGAACUUUCGUCGAAACUGCUAGUGGCGGAACUUCUUCAGUGCCCCUUGUUGAGAAAGGGAACUGUUCAGAUCAUACUGGAGUCCGAGCUGGCACACGAGCCAUGGUUGGAGGUGAUGUGCGAGAUAUUUGUGAUCAACUCAAUACUGAAGGAUUUAAGCAUAGAAAAGGAGGUCAAACAACCCGAAUUUCAGAGAGAGUCCCAAAUGCUCAUGGAAAAGCUGUUCCGACUUUCUGGAAAUGCACUGGAUAAACAAUUAGACCUAUUGGUGAGAAAUUCACCUGAGGCAUUACUUAAACUUGUCAGCUGCGAGGAUAUCAGGUACCGUGCACUGACGUGUAGUGCUGGCCUCUGGACUGCUCGGAGGCUUACAAUUGACGACGACCCCGUGUCUGCAGCUGUAUGGAGGCAAGAGAGCGGACUGCUGUGUAGGGCAGCCUGCAGAAGUCCCAGUCUGAUGCAGUGCCUAUUACAGAGGCUACAGGUACAUGCUGAAAGCAUGGAGCCGUGUUUCGUCGCAGGAGCAGAUGAAUGGGUUCUGACGAGGAACAGCCCUGCAGGCGCUUGGGACUGGAAGCGUCUUGCUGAAAUCUGGACUGCACUGAAUUUAACAGCAGAUGGCGCUCAUCGUCAUCGGUGCUUACAGCUUUUCUUAAACAAGCACGAAGUGGAUCGCAUGGGGACUUUUGGGAUGAUCUUUUUUUCUACUGUGAAUCUUCUCGUAGCAGUUGUAAUAACACCAAAAUGCCUGUCGUUGCCAACUCAUCUGGCGAGAGUGGUUUGUUACUACGUGACUGUUGCCGCUAGGUGUGAAAUUUGUUUGCAGGUAGCAACAAUGUAGCUGUAAAUGAGCACAUGCUGCUUCCCCUGUUUAAGUGAAAAUAGCGUAGCAAUUUGCAUAGGGCAUUUCUUUGACACCACGUCCUAACUGAAUGAAUGACAAUGGCCACGACAUUAACUUCUUGGAAUCUACUACAGUGAAUAAAUAUCAACGCGUUUAGAAAUACAGCCCAUAUUAAUCUUAAAACGAAUGCUUGUCUAUUUCACACUUUAGUGCAAUAUCUGGUUCCCUCAAUCCAACGCAACAUUAGGUUACUGUUCGAAGACCACCGUCAAUUGAUGUCACAAGAUUGGCAUAUUAUUGUUAGUAGUGUCCCGAAUUCUUGAUGAUCUGCAGUGAUAGUUAUAAUGCUUCUAUCAUUACGCUAAUGAGCUAUCUCAGAAACCACCAUUUUUUAUUGUUAUUAAGGAGUUGUACAUUUUGUAUUGACAAUGUAGGGUCACAAAGUUUUUUGGUAGAUGUACUGCUUCCAAUUCUCACUUGCCACUUUUGAGAUAUAUGUGUGAACUUUAAACGCUAUUUUUUAAUGUGCGUUUUCUUGAUUUGUAUAUCUUUACAUGACACGACAGCUGUAGAUCUGUGAAUAAGUUUUUGAUAUAGCUUACGAUUUUAGAGAAACAUUUUUUAUUAUGUAUUUUUCAAUGUCGUGCAUUGCUUUGACUAUUUUGUUUUAUAUGGGAAUGCUAUUAAAAAUCAUGAAACCUAA